AAAUAGCGACUUUAAGAUAACCGACUACGGACUACAGACUACGGUUAAAAAUCGGCGCAUGGACUGGGUCGAGUACUGUCACCAUCUACCGCGCGCGGGAACUUUAAGAUAGAACAACACGAAUACAGCUACGGUUAAGUUCUGUUCUCCUUGUAUACAAAGUAAAAAAAUCUUUUAAACAAAAUGCCAUCAUUCCAAGAAGUGUGCGAUGCCUUGAUAAUUGCUCUGGCUGAUGAAAUUAUAAGCGAAGAGGAAUUUGUUGUUUUAUUUGCACAGUACAAACCUCAAAAUCCAGAAUUUCCUUACUGGACAUACGAUGGGUUCGAUUUUGAAAAUUUGGAUCCCCAUGAAUGCAAAGCGGAAUUCAGGUUUGAAAAACAUGACCUGCCUCUUUUAAAGCAAUCGCUUCGUAUUCCAGACAGAUUUGUUUGUCCUCAAGGAACUGUUUGUAGUGGAAUGGAAGGCUUGUGUAUUUUGUUGAAAAGACUAAAUUACCCUUGCCGUUACUUAGAUAUGAUUCACAGUUUUGGUCGUCCUGUUCCAGAAUUAUGCAUGAUCACUAACACCGUCCUCGACUGGGUAUACACAACACAUGGCUAUCGACUUACAUCAUGGAACCAACCAUUUCUUUCGAGAGAGUGCCUUGAGAGUUAUGCAAUAGCAAUUGCUAGAAAAGGUGCACCCCUCAGGAACUGUUUUGGUUUUGUUGAUGGAACAGUUCGACAGAUCUGUCGUCCAGGGAAGAACCAACGGGUGGUAUAUAACGGCCAUAAGAGAGUACAUGCCCUCAAGUUUCAGGCUGUCGCUUUACCUAAUGGUAUUGUUGCUAAUUUGUUUGGUCCGGUCGAAGGUCGGCGUCAUGAUGCAGGCAUGCUCAAAGAUUCAAGUGUUCUUGCUGCCUUGCAACAAGUGGCAUACAAUCCAGCUAGUGAUGUUUUAUGCAUUUAUGGGGAUCCAGCCUAUCCCCUUCGCCCGCAGCUGAUGUGUCCAUACAAAGUAGGUGAUGUACAGGUGCUUACCCCUCAAAUGACAGCCUUCAACAAAGCCAUGAGUGAGGUACGAGUUUCGGUGGAAUGGCUAUUUGGGGAUAUUUCCAACUAUUUUAAGUUUAUAGACUACAAGAAAAACCUCAAAAUACAUUUGAGUGCAGUUGGUAAGCAGUACCUUGUUAGUGCACUCAUGAGAAAUAUAUUAACUUGUUUUUAUGGAAAUAUGACGUCAGACUAUUUUGAUAUUGCACCACCAACAGUUGAUGAAUACCUGUCUUGAACUGAUGUUUUAAUUAAUCAUCAAGCCACUGACAAUACAUCCUAAGGUUAAACUUAUCAGGGGUGGACCAUUAGUGUAACACAUUUGCAGGAUAUGAAAACCUGAAACAACAUAACAUUAAAAACAAGAAAUAUCAUAACCCAGUAGCAAAGUCAUGCAGCCAUGGAAACCAGUCAUGCUACACUAUUAAUAACAAACGAAUCAUUUUAAUCUUAUAGGUUUGAAUAGUGCAAAUAAUGAAAAAUUUGCAUAGCAUGACCACUUGCUAUGGCUAGCUUUGCCACUGGAAUGAAUUUUUUACUCUACAAAAUGCAACAAUUAACUAGAAUGUUGUAAAAUAAAUAGGAAAUGUCAUAAAUAUGAGUCAGAAUAUAAUCAAAGCUGUUCAUUAUUUUAUGUCAACAAGAUGUUACUUGGCAACCUUUUCUAACACAGCCAGCAUUGCUGCCUGCAUCUGCAUUUGCAUCUGCAUUUGCAUCUGCUGCUGUUGUUGCUGUAAAUUAAAUUGUUUUUGUUGAUUUUCUAGAAGCUGAUUCAUUUUUUGCUGCUGUGAUAUCAGCUCAUCUUGUUUCUGCUGCUGUUUUUUCUCUCUGGCAUCAAACUUUUGUUGUUCAAGCAUAGCCUGUUGUUUCCGAAGUUCCAUUUCCUGCUGUUGAACUAACAUAGACUGCUCGGAUCGCAUUCUUAAAUACUCAAAAGCAUCACCACUGCUCUUUCUUUUUCUUUGUUUUCUUCGUUUAGUCUGUUUAGUCUUAUUGCUCUCUUCACUACUUCCAUCUGACUCAUCUUCACUUGAUCCCAAUCUUUCUUUGCUCUUACCCCAUGUAUGCAUAGCUGCAUCCCUCACUGACAAAGCCUUUGCUCUUUUAUCUUUUUCAUGUUUGUUUUUAUCAGUAUGAACAGUGUUUAACAUAAUGUCAGAAAUUUCUUCAAGAAGGAUUUCAAUUUCUGUUGGUGGAUCUGGGCUAAUACCACUUGCAUUCAAUUCUGCCCUUGUUUUUGACCGAAACUCUCCCAUUAAUUUAUUAAACCUUUCACGUACAGCUCGUUGAUCUCUUGGCAUAUCUUUGAAUCCCUCAUAUGUAUUGACCAAUUUUGCAGUCUCGGUCCAUCCUUGCCCAGCCUGUUUGCUGCCACCCUUCCAUAUAUACGGUUCCACCACACGAACUUCUCUUAGAAGUAUUUUGUCUUUGGCAUCAUCCCAGCGAAAUGUGCCACUAAAUGGAAAAGUAUAAAAUAUAAUAUCUAAAUGUUUUUGUUUUAAUGUUAAAAGCUGGGCUGAAUACUUGGCCAACACUAAGGUGGAUUAACCCUAAGGUGGAUUACUAAGGUGGAUUAACCCUAAACCUUAGUUGAAAUUUGAUCUGCUGUUUUAGUUUAUGUAUUUCUGCACAUCUGUUUAUUUCAAAACUUCAGAUAAAACAACUCCUACUGAUUCAGAAAAGAUCUCUGAAGAAAUAUUUCAAAAUUUGUAGACAAUAUUUUGG